AUGGCCCUCAAGGUUUUUGUUAUCGCUUGCAUUUUGGUAGUGGUCGGGGGUGAGGCUCCUGUGUACCCCGCUCCAUCUGCCUACCAUGCUCCAUCUUCCUAUCAUCAGCCCCACUACCCAGCGGUUCCUCCGAAAUACGCCUUCAAUUAUGGAGUCGUGGACCAUUACUCAGGCGCCAACUUCGGUCACUCUGAAGUUCGUGACGGUUAUAAGACCGAAGGUAGUUACUCCGUUGACCUUCCUGACGGCCGUAAGCAGACCGUCAACUACGUGGACAAAGGAGACGGUUUAGAUGCCGUGGUGAACUACGAGGGCCAAGCCCGUCACCCAGUACACAAGCCUUCUUACCCAUCUCAUCCAGUACACUACCCACCUCCCCGAACUUACGAGUAA